UAAAAAAGGAAAAGAAAAAAGUGUCGUUUUUGUAGUUGCAACCGGAAGUCAUCCAGGUCGUCGAGGGAAGCCGUUAUCUUAAAACCACAGAUUUAAAUGUCUUAUUCCCAGUAGUUGGCGAUAUUGCAGCCGUUAGAAUUCCAACCGCCAUUAAAACCAACGAAGAAGAAAACACUAACCGGAAGUGGAAUAAUGAGGACACAGUGAGGAGCAGCAAACAGCAACGAGACCAAAUUACUCUUUACACCUCUACAACUCCCUCAGAUCCAGGAGAAUCAAGCAGGCGGCCAACGGUGUAUGAAGACGAGUCUGAGGCAGAUAUGUCUUCAGCGGUGGAUCUUAAGACGAAGGAGGAGAAGGAUGCAGAGCUGGACAGACGGAUUGAAGCUCUGAGGAAAAAGAAUGAAGCUCUGGUGAAGAGAUAUCAGGAAAUUGAAGAGGACAAGAAGAAGGCGGAGCAAGAGGGCAUCGCUGUCACAACACCCCGUAAGCCCCGCCCCCACGAGCCAGAGACAGACCGGAGGAAAGCAGAGAAGGAAAACUUCACGGUCACAGUCGACCUCACUAAAGUCGCAGGGGAGAAGAGAGUGGUGAACGACUGGAAACCUGGAGCUCCUCGCGGCAGGAAGACGUCAGAGGAGAGCGACGGUCACGGCGGACAGGGUGAUAAUCACAGAGGUCAGAGUGACGGACACAGCAGCCCUCCCAGGAGGUCGGGGUCAGGGCGGGUCGGUCGGGGAGGUCAGAGAGGAGGAGGACGUCAGGAGAGGAGAGAGUGGGAGCCAAGAACGCCCAGAGAUGGAGAGCCCAGAACACCCAGAGAUGGAGAGCCUAGAACACCCAGAGAUGGAGAGCCAGGCGAGCCAGGAGGACCGGGACGCAGAGGAGGGAGGAGAGGUAGAGGAGGAGAGAGAGGAGGAGGAGGUGGUGAGAGAGGAGGAGGAGAUAGAGGAGAAAGAGGAGGAGGAGGUGGAGAGAGAGGAGGCGGUGGAGGAGGAGAAGGAGGGACACCAGGCGGCAUGGACAGAAAAUCCAAGGAAUGGGAGGAGAAGAGGAGACAGAACAUCGAGAAGAUGAAUGAAGAAAUGGAGCAGAUAGCAGAGUAUGAGAGAGGACAGCGGCCCGAUGGAGACAAACCGCUCCGAAACUUCCUGGACGACCCGAGACGUUCAGGUCCGGCUCCUGACAUCGACCGCAAAGAGGGCAGCCGGAGACACGUACGGAACUGGGGAGGUCUGGACUUUGACAACGUGAAGACAGGAAAUGAGCUGGAAAAAGAGUGGACUAGUCGACGGCCCGGUCCCAAAGGCUCCAUGGACAUGACGAUGUCUAUGACCGGCCGGGAGAGAGCUGAGUACUUGCGCUGGAAAAAGGAGCGAGAGCAGAUUGACGAGGAGAGACUAGCUCGCCAUCGCAACGCCACGGGCCAGUGGAGACGAGAGUGGGACGCACAGAAGACGGAUAACAUGUUCAAGGAGGACCCAUGUGCAGCCGCAGAGGGCAUGACACCCGAGCAUGGCAACAGGAGAGAUGACGGCAAGCGGCCUCCUAAAGUUCCAACAUUUGGGGACUUCCUGUCUCAGGGCAGGAGUCAGGGUCCCAGAGGGGAGCGAGGCGACAGAGGUGAUAGAGGCGACAGAGGUGACAGAGGUGACAGAGGUGACAGAGGCGACAGAGGUGACCGAGGCAGGGGGAGGAGCCGAGGACAGAAACCUAGCUACAGCAUGCAUGACAACCGAUGGGAGGGAGACAGAGAAGAGGAGGACAAGGAAAAGGAGGACAAGACAAAGAAGGAGGAGAAGACCAAAAAGAAGGAGAAAGAGGAAGAGAAGGCCAAAUCUCCCACGACAGAGAAGGCGGAGGAGAAGACUGAAGACGGAGAGGAAGACGAGGAGGAAUGGGAAGAUGCCAGCGAUGGAGAGGAUGACGAAGCAAUGGAGGACGACAGCGACUCAGAGCCAGACUCCAGAGAAGAGGAGAAGAAAGACAAAGGAAAAGAGAAACCAGCCAAGGGCAGAGGCAGCGGCAGCAAACCCUCCUCUCCUGCACACAGAGUCGGACCCACGUCGGCAGGAAGCCCCAAAGAGCAGCGGCCCCCCAGACCGAAGGUCCACAUCCCUCCUCCGUCAGCCAUGCAGGAUUCACCAGAGGGAGGGAAACCCCUCAGCCCCUUCUCACCGCUGGACAGCCACCAGCCUGUCACAGACUGGGGGGAGGAGAUGGAGAUGCUGUCGCCGCGGAGCAGCAUGGGAGGGGAGAGCCCGCUGAAACCGCCCAGUGUGGAGUCCAGCCCGCCCCAGAAGAAGGACCAGGAGGAGGAGGAGAAGGAGAAGGUGGCGGAGAAGGAGAAGGAGAAGGAGAAGGAGAAGGAGAAGGUGGCGGAGAAGGAGAAGGUGGCAGAGAAGGAGAAGGAAGCGCCCAGCUCCAGUGAAGCUGCAGAGCCACAGAGAGAGGAGGAAACAGCCACGAACAUUUCCUCUCCUCCAGAAGCUCAACAGACUGUGAAAGUGUCAGAACCAGAGUCCGUCCCUGCAGACUCCUCCACUGCACCACCGCCGCCAGUCGACUCCGCCCCCUCUGAUGUAAUCGAGGCUGCUGUGACGCUGGAGCAGGACUCACCUGCUGCUCCAUCACAAGAAGAAGACCAGAGCUCCUCUGAAGCAGCAGCAGAGACCGAUGGAGCCACAGAGACCGAUGGAGCCACACCGCCUGCUGAGCCCGACGACGCUCCGUCAGCAGCAGCAGAGGAGGAGGAGUCCUCCGAGCAGACGUCCUCAGGCUGAAGCUGCUGGGAAACAAAAGACUCUGAUCUGAGGGAAGAUGAGGUGGAUGAAGAGCAACACACUACUAAGCACCGGAGCGACCAUCACACACCCGAACACAAAGAGAGGAAGAGAAGAUGAGGACAGGAAGAUGAAGAAGACAAGAGGAGGAGGAGGAGGAGAGGCUGUGCUCAACCAUCAUGGACUUCUCUCUCUCUCUCUUUCCCUCUCUCUCUCUCUCUCUGAGCACUUUUCUAGUCUUUGGAUCAGACGGUCUUUUUACCUCUGGACCCGCCGCCAUGUUUUUUCUCACUUUGUAGAUCUCUGAGUGUGAAUGUGAGUCACUGGUUUUCACUGUGGAAACACUUCAUGAUGUGUGUUCGUAGUGGAGGCCUCAACAUAUUUUAUCCCCCCCCUGAUUAAUCCCCAGAAAGACACGCUGACCGUUUCAGAUGUCACACUGAAAGAGGAAAACCCUCACCCCCUCUCAGAGGUCGGCAACCAGCUUUGAUUUACGUAGAGGUUUUUAGUUUUAUGAAUGGGCCUCUUGGAGCCCGCUGUAUAUUCAUGUCAUGGAGACGGCCUUAACGCAGCGUCCAGCACAAACUGUUCAGAGCAUGCAGUCGUACUCACCGACUUCUGGAAACACAGUUUGAUUUGUUGGAUUCUGUGGUCUCAUGUUGGAUUAGAGAGCCAGAAUGUUAGUCAGGUGAUGAAUCUGCUUCAUCAGACUUUAAUCAUUAUUUGCCUGAGCUGGAGUUAGAUCCAGUUUCUUUAAAGCUGAAAUCCUCUGUUGUGUCCACGUCUGCCAGCUCGUGACGAUAUCUGUGUCUCAAUCCAGACGCUGCAUCCUUCGAAUACUGAUUACAUCACAGCAGGUUGUCUCAUACCCAAGGGUCCUAUAAUUGGGACUCUACUGCAAAAAAUCACCCCCAUGAAGGAUGCUCCUCAUGCACCGUUCAUCCAAAUAACUGGGAUCUUUUGUCUUUCCUGUUGCAUCAUUGUUUCAUCUGUAGUGUCUUCAAACUGGAACCCUCAGGUUCUUCAGGACGAUGGUUUGAAGAAGAAAGAUGUUUUUGUUUUGGUUCACAGAAGCUAGAGGUCAGAGUGUUGACUUUGAGCUCUCAGGUUUUGAGGCAUGUAAGACACCUUCAAAAUAAAAGCUCAAAGUCAACACUUUCAACCUCAGGGUUCAAAUCAAAGACGUCUGAGGGGGGGGGGUGAUUAUUCUUUGAUCUAACGGCCGAAUCCAACUUGACUGAGUCUGAUUUAAUAAAUAAUGUGCUUUUUGAAAGCUAAUAGAAGUUUGUAAUUUUGUACAUUAACAUGAAAUGCAGAUUAAUCAUCUACGUUUGAGGAAAGCAGUCAGUGCUGUAAAAAUGAGCACCUCAUGCAUCCUUCAUGGAUCUAUCUUUCACUGUCAGAUUUGAGUGUUUGGUUUCAGCACGGUGGAAUCAAGCAAGUGAUACAAAUCUUCAAAAGACAGACACCGUGCACUUUAAAUUAUUAGAAUUACGGUGAUGGUGCUUAAGAUACGUGACACUAGCACUGUUUGCAAGUUAGCCAGCUAUCAGCGCUUUAUGAUGCAUGGGUUAGGGUAACACACACACAUGAAAUCCUCCAUGAGUCUCAUGUCAGAUGAGCCGGAGCGCUCUGCACAACCUGCGAAGGAUGCUACCUUUGAAUUGAGACACAGCUCGGGAUGUCAGCGUCUACUUUUUAAAUUAAAGAUGAAGGAGGAGAAACUCGAUGGUGCUGAAAAUCUCUUUCCCCAGAGUGUCCUAGCUAACAGCCGCAAGGUAGAGGAAGUGUCUGACGAACAAUGAGCGACCUUACACACAAAUAUAAUGUGACAUAAUUGACUGUAAAUCACCGAAGACAGAAAUAAGAACAGUAAAUAUUCACUCUGACAGACACCUACAUCCAGAGUGUCAUUAAGAGCUCCUUUAAAGGGUCUAAUGAGGCCUGAUGUCACGUAGACACGAGACUCCGCCUCCAGCCUCCUCGCUCUUUGCUUUUAUUUGUUGCUUUCAUAUCUAAGUUUUCUGGAUCAUACAUGGUGACACGUUUCUUUAAAUCAACCUCCACUUGCUCUCUUUCUUUCUUUUAUUCUUUCUUUGUUUCUUUCUUUGUUUCUUUGUUUCUUUCUUGCUUUCUUGCUUUCUUGCUUGCUUUCUUUCUUUCUUGCUCUCUUUCUUGCUCUCUUCCUUUCUUGCUUUCUUUCUUUCUUUCUUGCUCUCUUCCUUUCUUGCUUUCUUUCUUGCUCUCUUCCUUUCUUGCUUUCUUUCUUUCUUUCUUUCUUGCUCUCUUUCUUUCUUGCUCUCUUCCUUUCUUGCUUUCUUUCUUGCUCUCUUCCUUUCUUGCUUUCUUUCUUUCUUUCUUGCUCUCUUUCUUGCUCUCUUCCUUUCUUGCUCUCUUCCUUUCUUGCUCUCUUCCUUUCUUUCUUUCUUUCUUUCUUUCUUGCUCUCUUCCUUUCUUGCUUUCUUGCUUUCUUUCUUUCUUUCUUUCUUGCUCUCUUCCUUUCUUGCUUUCUUGCUUUCUUUCUUUCUUUCUUUCUUGCUCUCUUCCUUUCUUGCUUUCUUUCUUUCUUGCUCUCUUUCUUGCUCUCUUCCUUUCUUGCUCUCUUUCUUGCUCUCUUCCUUUCUUGCUCUCUUUCUUGCUCUCUUCCUUUCUUUCUUUCUUUCUUGCUUUCUUUCUUUCUUUCUUUCUUUCUUGCUUUCUUUCUUUCUUGCUUUCUUUCUUCCUUCCUUUCUCUCUGAUGAAUAUGUAUAGAGGUUUUUUUUAAACUGAGUCCUGAGGUCUGAGGUCUUUGGUCUGACGGGCUCCUCUCUGCAGGUCCAUCCUGGUGUUUUUAAAUGUUCCCUCUUUGAUGUCCCCGUCAGACUCGGCUGUUCAGGCCUCCUGCGUGCGUCGCAGAGAGCCGAGCGAUCAUGUGGGUCAGCUGUGAAUCAGAGUGAGCGACUGGCUGUUACAUGAAUGUGUCGACACACUUUCAGUCGUUGCUGCUGAUGCUCUGACCUGGAUUAUGUUCCAGGAUCAGGUGUGUGACUUCAGGGGUCUGGAAUCAUCCACGUGUCCUCAUCAACAACACAGCGAUGGUGUCCUCUGAGCGGUUCAAUGAUUCUGACUCCAUCAGGACACAUCUGAUGUUCUGUGUCUGGGUCAUGAAUGGUUGUUAUGAAUCAUGAAUCAUCCACAGACACGUCGGGGGUCUAAUGGUUUCAUGAAGUCGUCUGACGUGAGUUGCUUUUUAAGGAAAAGAUCUCCGGGCUGCAGUUUGAGUUUCUUCUGGAGUGAGACGUUCACUCAUACCUCAGCAGACCCGGAGCUUCAGUUCGCUUUGUUUUGUGCUCAGUCUUUGAAUCAAGUUGUCGCAGCAGCUUCGUGCUGCGUUUAAGGACACAGGGAUUUCUGGGAUGCUUUAAUGUUUUUGUGUUCUCUCUCAGACGGAUGAAAUGAUGCAUUUGGAUUGAAUAGAAAUGCAAUAUGUACAGUUUUUAAAUGCAAAUGAACAUUCCACACUCGGGUGUUUGUUGGACGCGUAGCCUGCGAGCUAUUAAACCUUGUUUUUAUGUUUCCUUUGAUUUUUUUGGAUCUUGCUGUUUGUUUGUUUUUCUGAGCUCUGAUUGAUUGUAUUUAAAAACAGUGGAUGUGUCAGUGUUUCUAAAAAAAUGUCUUCCUGUUUGAUACAUGAAAUCUGUCUGAGCACACGGAGCGUUUGCAGAGUGCUGUGCAGCUGUUUUCAUAAUCAGGACACGCAUGAAUCUGAACUUGUAGCUUUUUAAAUGUUUUCAAAGCCAUCGAUGAAACAAACGUCCCCAUCAGCAUCACCGGAGAGAAGCGGCCCUGAUGUUUGUACAGCUUUCUGAAAUGUGUACACACAUGAACUGUAAAACACACAGCUGGUUUUUUUCUUAUUUAGACAAUAAAUGUUUUCCUCUGACGUCUGGA